CGGAAUACCGACACCACUCGGAAUCCCGGGGCCGGAAUACCGACUGCCGACAUCCCAAAGGUGAAAAACUGAGCUGAAACCCAGCACAAGGAUGUUCUCAGCACUAACUAAGGCAAGCUGUCUAUUUUUAAUAAACCGAGAGCGAAGACCUCUCAUCCUCUCCAAACCUAGAAUGAAAUGAUGACAUCUUCCCUUUGGUUUCCAUGGCGGCCACACUGAAGAGGCUGAGAAUGGAUUGUGUACAGGCGAUCCGCCCAAUUCCCUGGGAAAGUUGGAUGCGAGGAGGGAAAGCUGCUCCCUCUCUGGCCAGGACCUGUCCAUGGUGCUGAAGACGGGAAGAGUUGAGGGCAGCUAAUCAGUAAGUCACCUUAGCCAACAUAAGGUUCUAAUUGCACUCAAAGGUCAUAGAGAUAUGGGCAACCACCUAAAAACCUCACUCAUUGCAUUGUUACACUUUGUAUCAAGACAAUAAAUCUCAAGGUAUUUUCCAAACACUGGAAUUUUCUACCUGGGAAUUCAUGAGUGAAAUGCAAUAUUUUCUCCACAACUUUCCAUUGCUGCUGAUCAAAGCCCACAGUCUGUGGAUGCAAUUGUGAUUUCUAAAUGGAUUUUUAAGCCACAGGAGUACCAAUGCAGGCUGCUCUGCCUACACGUACAGAGAGAGGAGUCUUCAGCACCAGGAGUACUUCCUAACCUUCCCUCUCCAUCUCUGGCACCAGCUUUCACUUUCCCUUUUUGCAGGAUAUACUCCAGGUUUGGAUAUUUUAAUACUUUCUUUUGUAUCCUGGGAUAUAAUAGCACUAUGAGAAUUUGCCACUCUUUGCAUUGCACCAUUUAACAAGAAGACACCUGAAGCAAUAAUGGAUUCAAUAAAACAAAGGGUUUUAGCACCUGGCAAAGAAGGGCUGAAGAAUUUAGCAGGAAAAUCCCUUGGUCAGCUAUACAGGGUUUUAGAGAAAAAACCAAAAAGCAAUGAAACCAUUGAGCUGACGGAAGAUGGGAAACCACUGGAAGUGUCUGAGAAAAAGCCGCCCCUAUGUGACUGCACCUGCUUCGGGCUACCUCGGAGGUACAUCAUCGCAAUCAUGAGUGGGCUGGGGUUCUGCAUUUCUUUUGGGAUUCGCUGUAAUCUGGGAGUGGCCAUAGUGGAUAUGGUAAAUAACAGCACCAUUCACCAUGGAGGAAAAAUUAUUAAAGAGAAAGCAAAAUUUGAUUGGAAUCCUGAGAUUGUUGGGAUGAUCCAUGGCUCGUUCUUUUGGGGUUACAUAGUAACACAAAUCCCAGGAGGAUAUAUAGCCUCACGAUUAGCUGCUAACAGGGUUUUUGGUGCUGCUAUUGUGCUGACCUCGACUUUGAACAUGCUAAUUCCGUCCGCAGCCAGAGUGCAUUAUGGGUGUGUGAUCUUUGUCAGGAUCCUACAAGGGCUCGUGGAGGGCGUCACCUACCCUGCCUGCCAUGGAAUAUGGAGCAAGUGGGCCCCGCCGUUAGAAAGGAGCAGAUUGGUGACCACCUCGUUUUGUGGGUCCUACGCAGGAGCAGUGAUUGCUAUGCCUUUAGCUGGGAUUCUAGUGCAAUACACCGGGUGGCCGUCUGUCUUCUACGUGUACGGUAGUUUCGGUCUUGUUUGGUACGUCUUCUGGAUUCUGGUGUCCUACGAGAGCCCAGCUACGCACCCAACCAUCACAGAGGAGGAACGCACUUACAUUGAAGAAAGCAUUGGCGAGAGCGCUAACCUCAUGGGGGCACUUGAAAAAUUCAAGACUCCUUGGAAAAAAUUCUUUACCUCGAUGCCUGUCUAUGCAAUUAUAGUGGCAAAUUUCUGCCGCAGUUGGACGUUCUACCUGCUACUCAUCAGCCAGCCGGCGUACUUUGAGGAGGUCUUUGGGUUUGAGAUCAGCAAGGUGGGGAUGCUGUCCGCGCUGCCGCAUCUGGUCAUGACGAUUAUCGUGCCAAUUGGUGGGCAGAUUGCCGACUUUCUACGCAGCAAAAAUAUUCUGGCCACGACGACUGUUAGAAAAAUAAUGAACUGUGGCGGAUUUGGGAUGGAGGCGACGCUCCUUCUCGUGGUUGGAUAUUCUCACAGUAAGGGGGUGGCCAUAUCGUUCCUUGUACUCGCCGUAGGGUUCAGCGGAUUUGCCAUUUCAGGAUUCAAUGUCAACCACCUGGACAUCGCCCCUCGCUAUGCCAGCAUUCUAAUGGGAAUUUCCAAUGGCGUGGGCACUCUGUCUGGAAUGGUCUGUCCGCUGAUAGUUGGCGCUAUGACAAAGAACAAGUCACGAGAGGAAUGGCAGUACGUGUUUCUGAUAGCGGCGUUGGUCCAUUACGGUGGAGUUGUUUUCUAUGGGCUUUUUGCCUCUGGGGAGAAGCAGCCAUGGGCGGACCCCGAGCAGACCAGCAUCGAGAAGUGUGGCUUCAUCAACGAGGAUGAGCUGGCCGAGGAAACCGGGGACAUUAGCGAAAGCUACAUCAAUUACAGCGCCACAAAAACCUACGGUGCCACCACGCAGGUGAACAGCGGCUGGCCCAAUGGCUGGGAAAAGAGAGAAGAGUUUGUACAGGAAGAUGGGCGGGAGUCAUACCAAUACAAGGACGAAGGAGAUUACUCGUCCUAACAACUCACAACCAAGAUAAUUAUGUUUCAUAGUGUCUGUGAUGAAAUUCAUUGUGGUAUAUAUGCACACGUGGUGGCCCAUGUACACAUCACCAUCAAGAUCCGAUCCUGCUUUGAUCAUGGGUAACAAUCUGUACCAGUUGACCGGUGGCACUUGGCUUGGCUCCUCCAUCCACGGAUACAUCUGGCUUUCAGUUUACAAAAACAUCUGCUACAGACCUCACUACUUACCCUAUAGAUACAGUAUCAGUUGUUCCAAGCACAGUUAGACAUAGCACAUGGGGAAACGCAGACACAUUUUGUUUCAAGAUAAUGCAACCAGCCAUAAAUGUACGUUGACCCUUGGAAGAUGUCAAACAGAUGCCAUGUCCCAAAAAAAAAAAGACCUUCAAGAACGGCGCAGUUUGAAACUCUGGAAGAUCAACGGUAAUCUACAAAAAUAUAUCAGUGAGUAUCGAACAAUUUGACAUUUUAAGCCAGCAGCUGAUGAAGAACAAAGAACGUGAUCCCCAAAAUACAAUUCCGCUAACCCACGAAACUUCUGCAGAAGUUGAAUGGUGGACCGGUUUAACGAACCUGCCAGGAGCCUUUCCAACCAGCAGUUGCGAAGCAGAAGGAAAUAAUUAGAUAGGAACCAGAGACAAUAUUAAACCCAGGGGUUACUAGCGGUCUGACGUCAUUUACAUUCAUUGCUAACUUUUCCUUUUUUUUUUGCCAUUGUGAUCAAAUGACCGAUACAUGGAGUGAUAUCAUGUAUACAUAUAAUCAGGGUUAGUACUGUAUGCGCACAGGAUUGUGAAUAUCCCCCUUCGUAAAUACAGGAUGGGGGUUUGUGAACAUAAACUAUAUGAAGUAUAGUAGCAACUUCCUUACUGCUAGAUGCAAUAUUUAACUAGUGACCCUUUAAAACUCCUUUAUGCAGCUUUAAUAGAAAGAUAUAUUAAACGUAAGAAAAAAAGAAGAAGAAAAAAAGACUUUUGGCAGAAAUAUCAAACACUAUAAAACUGAAUCACUGGUUUCCAACAGCGGCGUAUUAAUCAUCCUGUAUAAUAAAAGACUAACCCUGCUCCUCACCUCUGUGGGGGGAAUUCAAGUGUUUUGCCCGCCAGUGGACACUAGCUGGCGCCCAAUAGAGCAAUUCAAGUGUUGCUCUGUUCGGGCACGCACAGUUGCCGGCGCUGACUUACUGUUAUGUUCCGUCAUUUUGACGGGCUGGUAACUAGUAUAAUAUAUCUUUACAAUAACAAAUAUUUCCAGGUGGGAUUUUUAUCAUUGCAGCCAGUGGGAGUGGGCACAGAUUACUCAGCAGAUGGCAUCACCAGGCACGUGGGCAUGGUACACACCCCACUGAGAAUACCAUACCCCUCUGAAAGUGAUGAAGAAGGCAUGGCCUCAUGAUCUUAGGAACAUGACUGCAACUCUGGCAGGCCAAGGCCCCCACUCCGUACCCCAAACAGACCCGGAUGCUUUGUACCCGCCGCCUUCCUUUCUGCACAUUGCGACUAUCAUGCUCUGAAAAUGAUGACGGGGCAAAAGAUGUAAUCCACUUACCCCCUCUUAGUGCCCAUGGCAGAUGCCACCGGAUGCCCUGUCCCAGCCUAUGUCUUUCUUUCUCAGUACAAUCUUUCCUGUGGUAGAUUUAUGGCCCGACCUAAGGGUUCUGGGGGUCAUUCCGAGUUGAUCGCUAGCUGCCGUUGUUCGCUGCAUAGCGAUCAUUAAAAAAAUGGCAAAUCUGCGCAUGUUUAUGCACCGCAAUGCACAUGCGCGACAUACAGGUACAAAGAGCAUCAUGGUUUUGCACAGGUUCUAGCGACGCUUUCAGUCGCACUGGCGAACGCAGGGAGAUUGACUGGAAGUGGGAGUUUCUGGGUGUCCACUGACCGUUUUCUGGGAGUGUUUGGGAAAACGCAGGCAUGGCCUGGCAGUUGCUGGGUGGGUGUCUGACGUCAUUACCGUGUCAUUCGUCGCAGCAAUUAUCGCACAGAAUAAGUAACUACAGGGCUGGUCUUGUUUUGCACAAAAUGUGUUUGCAGCCGCUCAGUUGCACAGGCGUUCACACUCCUGCAAAGCGAAAAUACACUCCCCCGUGGGCGGCGACUAUGCGUUUGCACGGCUGCUAAAAGUAGCUAGCGAGCAAUCAACUCGGAAUGACCCCCUCUAUCCCAAUCAGGCUGGAAGGUUGUGAGAUGUGUUUCGUUCACUGCUACUCACAUACCUGCGCCAGAGACAGCUAAUUGUAUUGUAGGGGAGGGGAAAGGGAUGGGUGUGGCAGCACAGCGUAAGGCGGUAGAACUGUAGACAUGUGAUCUCUAUAAAGGAUUCACCGCAUUGUUAUAGGUUUUACAAAUAAAGGGAAUAUUCUGUAACGUUAAAUCUGCAACAACGACAUAAUUAGUUGCAACAUUAGCUGCCCUUAUGUCAGAGGGGCCCAAUCGUAAGAUUUCCACGAGGGGUCGCUCUAACUCAUCCGUGGCCAGUUUUAGAGAGAAAAAAAAGAUAUAUAUUAUCUUCCUUUAAGCAGUAGAGAUUUACGCACUGCACGGACCUUCUUAGGAGAAAGUACAAAGUACUCUUAUGUCAGUAAACGGUGUGUUACCAGCGACAGAAAAUAUAGAUAUUUUGUAUCAUUUUUGUAAGUACACAAAUGACUUUUACAGCAGUCACAUGUCUGUGGGACAUAUAAUCAUUAGAUCAGUUACUCCAAUGAUAGUUAUACAACUGACAUAAGCAUUUCAAAACCAGGACAUUAAUAUCAGGCUCUCCAGGUAGUGCUCCCCUAACUGAUGCUCCCCUAACUGAUGCCCCCCUAACUGAUGCCCCCCUAACUGAUGCUCCCCUUACUGAUGCUCCCCUAACUGAUGCCCCCCUAAUGCUCCCCUAACUGAUGCUCCCCUAACUGAUGCUCCCCUAACUGAUGCCCCCUAACUGAUGCCCCCCUAACUGAUGCUCCCCUAACUGAUGCCCCCCUAACUGAUGCCCCCCUAACUGAUGCUCCCUUAACUGAGGCUCCCCUAACUGAUGCUCCCUUUACUGAUGCUCCCCUAACUGAUGCUCCCCCCCUAACUGAUGCUCCCCUUACUGAUGCUCCCCUAACUGAGGCUCCCCUAACUGAUGCUCCCCUUACUGAUGCUCCCCUAACUGAUGCUCCCCUAACUGAUGCUCCCCUAACAGAUGCUCCCCUUACUGAUGCUCCCCUAACUGAUGCUCCCCUAACUGAUGCUCCCCUUACAGAUGCUCCCCUUACUGAUGCUCCCCUAACUGAUGGUCCCCUAACUGAUGAUCCCCUAACUGAUGCUCCCCUUACUGAUGCCCCCCUAACUGAUGCUCCCCUUACUGAUGCUCCCCUAACUGAUGCUCCCCUUACAGAUGCUCCCCUUACUGAUGCUCCCCUUACUGAUGCUCCCCUAACUGAUGCCCCCCUAACUGAUGCUCCCCUUACUGAUGCUCCCCUAACUGAGGCUCCCCUAACUGAUGCUCCCCUUACUGAUGCUCCCCUUACUGAUGCUUUCCUAACUGAUGCUCCCCUAACUGAUGCUCCCCUAACUGAUGCUCCCCUUACAGAUGCUCCCCUUACUGAUGCUCCCCUAACUGAUGGUCCCCUAACUGAUGAUCCCCUAACUGAUGCUCCCCUUACUGAUGCCCCCCUAACUGAUGCUCCCCUUACUGAUGCUCCCCUAACUGAUGCUCCCCUUACAGAUGCUCCCCUUACUGAUGCUCCCCUUACUGAUGCUCCCCUUACUGAUGGUCCCCUAACUGAUGAUCCCCUAACUGAUGCUCCCCUAACUGAUGCUCCCCUAACUGAUGCUCCCCUAACUGAUGAUCCCCUAACUGAUGCUCCCCUUACUGAUGCUCCCCUAACUGAUGCUCCCCUUACUGAUGCUCCCCUUACUGAUGCUCCCCUAACUGAUGCUCCCCUUACUGAUGCUCCCCUAACUGAUGCUCCCCUUACUGAUGCUCCAUUUACUGAUGCUCCCCUUACUGAUGCUCCCCUAAUUGAUGCUCCCCUUACUGAUGGUCCCCUAAUUGAUGCUCCCUUUACUGAUGCUCCCCUAACUGAUGCUCCCCUUACUGAUGCUCCCCUUACUGAUGCUCCCUUUACUGAUGCUCCCCUAACUGAUGCUCCCCUUACAGAUGCUCCCCUAACUGAUGCUCCCUCACAUCAGGUUAAUCUGGUAGCACAAAUGAAAGAUGGUUGCAAUGAAGCUACAAAGAGAUGCAUGCAGCGCUGCCAUCAGAAAUUGUGGAGCCCGGGACUGAUAAAAUAGACAGCCCCCCCCCCCCCCCAAAAAAAAGGUGAUACACAGGGAAGGCUUCUUUUAAGAAGUCCUCCCUGCGUAUCAGCCCGCUGGUGCAGCUUUCUAGGUCUCACUGGUAGGAGCAAGGGGUGGGCCUUCUUCUCUGUAAGGGCCCAGGACUCCAGUCCCCCCCCCCCCCCCCCCCCCCUGUUGGCGGCCCUGGAUGUAUCUGUGUGGACCUAUGAGCUGUAAUAGGCUGCAGCCAUAGAGAUGUCAGCUUGUUAUUGGUCUUCUCUCACAUAACCCCCUCUGUAGCCAAUUUAAUGCCGUAAUCCAAAAAGAGUUGUGAGUACUUUAUCGCUAAAUUGCAGAAACUCUGGGAAAAAUCGUUUCAGCACACCGUUCCAGGACUGUCACUAAAAAGUGAAAAGUGACCGCGUAACUAGGAACGCUGGUUUUCCAUCUUCAGAAAUAGAAUUUAUUGGUCUGUACAUUCCGUCCUGAGACUUUCAUCAAUGCUUCUUCAGAUUUUCUUCGAUAAGGCAGAUUUGUUUGUUUUCAUUGGGACAAACUUUUAUCAUUCAUUGACCUCUGAUUCAAGGCACAGACUCUGUUCUGCAUACUCACCCUUUUUAGCACAACACUCUGCCUGGAUGAUAUUAAGUCCUCCUUGCAAAGCACAGAAGAAGCCAGACAAAUGAAACAGUGUGUCCCGCUGCCAGAGGACAUAUACAAAACAAUCAUUUUAGAGGCACACGGACAUUAUACCUAAUAAGAAUUCCGUGGCAGAUAAUAGUGUGUGGCUUCACUUGGAAAAGGUAUAAAAUUUACCGCUUGGUCGCGGUCUGGGCGGAUCGCGGGCAGCACAUAUUUUGUCCCAAUUUUCUCAUUUGAGCUGAUGUGACGUAUGAGAGACAUUUGGGAGCCACUGAUCUGUAAAAUAUGGAGAUUAUAGCACAAGGCUGUAGAGUUUGAAUACAGAAUAACUCUUGUAGGAGAUCUGAAAGGGUUUUUAUAAUGUAUUUAUUAUUUCAGACAACUUUACACAUGCAGCUAAUGUAUCGGGCUUAAAUAGACGAUUGGAUAGAGGGCACCCCGGGGUUGUAAUGUGAAUCAGGGGCAGGGUGGGAUAUUGGGGCACAAGGCUGAAUAUUUUAGAAACCCAAUACAAUAGGUGCGUCUGCCGUGUGGACACAAGAUGCGCCCUUUAAAUUGAGACAUUCUUGAGGUAGCACACUGCUGACCAUAUAACCAUGGUAUGGUGGGGGAAAAGGAGAACAUACCCAAUAAAUGGGAGGGUCUGACGUUACAAUCAUUUUUAUACUUUCUGUUGUUCUGAGUUUAGGAAAGCCAUAAUAGAUUAUUUAUAUAGCAGCUUUAGCCGUAACUAACGGCAUCUUAGCUUCAUCAGCAAUUAUGGCCCAUGCUCCCUCCUGGGCCAUACCCUAUUUCCCCAAAUUAUAUCUCUUAGGUUGUGUAGCAUAGACAGCCAUAGGCAAGGCACCAUCAGUUCUCUAAUGUGCUCAUAGUGGGCCUGAUUCUAAGCUGAACGGGGGCAGCCAGAAAGGCACAGCAGAGGGACAUGUGGGAGGAGGGGAGGCGUGACUUGGCAUAAGGGGAGGGGGGUGUUGUGGCGCAAGAGGCUGGAGAUGGGGCGUGGCUGCGAAAUUGCAUAAUCAUAGCCGCCCCCCCCCCCCCCCCGCUAUUACCAUCAUUGUGCAGCAGGAGGCGUGGCUACAAUGAUGCGAUUCAGUGCAAAACGUGUCAUUGGCCACCCCCCCGGUCCGCUCACUUUACUCCGUAAGUGGGUGGCAGGAUGCGAGCAGCUUUCCCGCCGGGGUGCCCACUUUCCUGGGGUGCCACCACAUUUUUGCAAGCCUCCUGGCCGUUCCCGGAGAGUAAGCAAGUAUGCGCAGAAUGUCCACUGGAACCGGUACUGCUUUCUUCCCACAUCGACGCUCUCUUCUCCUCUGAAUCAGGCUCGGUGUUGGGAAGCAUUCUGUGGGCCAAACCUACAUUCAUAAGAAGCAGUUUAUCGAUUGGCUAAGAAUUGAUGACAUCCACCACACAAAUGUGACAUCAACCCAGCAGUGAGCCAUUUGUGGUCUGAAGCGCUCUGGAUGCCCCAAUUGCUCCUAGCUAAAUCGAUAAGAUCAUUACCAGAUCUCUUGGUGAAUGUGGCUGGUUGGCGACCACUAUGAUAUGUGGAAUCCUCCAAUUCUACUUACGUCAUCCAGCUACUUGGCCCAAGUAAGUCAUUCUCCUCUUGGGCAGCACUUCAGAAUACCUGUAGACGUGUGCCUUGCGGGGCAUUUAAAGUCUAGCAUUUAAAACUGCCCUCCCCAGCUUGGAAUGUCGUCUGACUUUAUCGAGCUUUAAAAUGUUGCAACCCUUACCCCACCAAAGAAGGAAUAAAACGUUCUAGUAGAUAUUGUUCUAAAUAACAUAUCAAAGCUUUAUGUUCAGAAAAAUAUACAUAUAUUAUCUAUAUAUUACAUAAAAAUAUAGAAAUCUUUUACGUUUCAUAGCAACAUCUUUAUUUAUAGCAUUUCCAGGUGACUUACCAAGCAAUAACUCAAGUGAAAACUAUAAGAUUUACUUUAAAUCUACCAGUUAUUUGACAUUUGCCCGGAGCUGGUGUUUGAGACCAAAUGGUAACUUACCCCGCAUUGUCCACAGAAGCAGUGUUGUCAUGAUGCAUAAGCCAACAAGCAUACGACGACUCUAUUUGUGUGUUAGUGAGCCCUUUUUAUUGCGUCUGUUGUACCGUGUUAGUGAGUGGAGGCCCUGCUACUGCAAUAUCCACCUUGGAAAUUCAAGGCCCAAAAAUAAAAAAAUAAAAAAAAUGCAAAAAAGAUUCAAGGCCUUGAAAAAUCUUGACUUAAAAAAAAAAAAGUAUCUGCUUCGUGCCUCAAAGUGAUGUGAAAUGUGAUCAUACAGUAGCGCUGCGGUGUUUAAUGAAAAAAAAAAAAAAAACAGGUGGACAGUGUCACUUUUGUUGGUGCAAAAAGUGUUAAUAAAAUGCUAUAUUUAUCUUUUUGUAAAAA